AUGUUUUCCAUAUUCGAUCAAUCAGGAAUCUUCAUUGUGGCAUGUUGCCAUCGGGCAAAAUACCCACUUGCCAUCAUCGACAAACUGCUUACGGGCUAUGGCAAGAAUGGGGCAUGCGCAUACAAUAUAGGCUGUGCCUUUAUGAAGACACUAGGUAAUAGUACUAUAGGGCCACAAGCGCAAGACCUUGGAUUUCGUCUGAUGGUUGGGGCCUUUCAUGGCCAUGCCCACAAUCGCAUGUGUCAACUUGACUGGCAUCCAAUGUAUAUUACGGGAACUGGACACAGCGAAGGAGAGGGCUGCGAGCAUAUAUUUUCCACAUCCAAUGCACUUGCGCGUGGUACCUGA